GGCAUCCGGCGGAGCUGGGGUCCCCGGGCUCCGUCCGGAGGAAGCGAGGCGGCGCUGGCUGGGCAGUCGGAGGGGACGGGACGCACCGGCGGGCGAGCGGACUCGCCCUCUCGGUGACUGCGCCGUCCAGGCCCGUCCUGCCUGGCCGCAGGUGCCCUGGAUGAGGCCGCCCCGUGCGCCCCGGCCGGUGAGUGUCCCCGUGGUAGUCCAGCCGGCCGCCUGCCCCCGUUCCUGCGCCGCCGUUAGUGGCCGCCUCUCCUUGCCCCGGUGCCCGCGCCCGGCGCAGUCCGCCUCUGGCCGGCGCCUCCGCACCCUGCGGAGGUGGCGCGGGCCCUGGGGCCGGGAUGGGUCGGCCAGGAAGAGGACCGCAAGCCCGGGCCGCGAGCAGAUGCAAACCGCGCGGCGCGUAGUGGGAGCUUGCGCUUAGUAGGCUCUCAAUGCAUUUCUGAAGAAUUCCUUUUCAGUUUGGAGGAAGCUAUAGAAGACUAAGACAAGGGCCCUGUCCUCAAGAAUCUUACUGUCUAUUGGAAUAAACAGGAAAACAGUUUAUUAUGCAAAAGAAAUGAUUGUUAUGAUGAAGGUGUUAUAAUCAAUGGAUAAAGUGGGGAAAAUGUGGAAUAAUUUCAAAUACAGGUGUCAGAAUCUCUUCAGUCAUGAGGGAGGAAGCCGCAGUGAAAGUGUAGACAUGAAUUCCAACAGAUGUUUGUCUGUCAAAGAGAAAAACAUCAGUCUGGGAGACUCAGCUCCUCAGCAGCAAAGCAGUCCUUUGAGAGAAAACAUUGCCUUACAACUGGGCUUAAGCCCAUCCAAGAAUUCUUCAAGGAGAAACCAAAAUUGUGCCACUGAAAUUCCUCAAAUUGUUGAAAUAAGCAUUGAGAAAGAUAAUGAUUCAUGUGUCACCCCUGGAGCAAGAAUUGCACGAAGAGAUUCCUACUCUCGGCAUGCCCCGUGGGGAGGGAAGAAAAAACAUUCCUGUUCCACAAAGACCCAGAGCUCAUUGGACACUGAUAAAAAGUUUGGUAGAACUCGCAGUGGUCUUCAAAGGCGAGAGCGGCGCUAUGGGGUGAGCUCUGCACACGACAUGGACAGCGUUCCCAGCAGAACUGUGGGGAGCCGCUCUCUGAGACAGAGGCUGCAGGAUACUGUGGGCUUAUGUUUUCCCAUGAGAACUUACAGCAAGCAGUCAAAGCCCCUCUUCUCCAAUAAGAGAAAAAUACAUCUUUCAGAAUUAAUGCUUGAGAAAUGUCCUUUUCCUGCUGGCUCAGAUCUAGCUCAAAAAUGGCAUUUGAUUAAACAGCAUACAGCUCCUGUGAGCCCACAUUCAACAUUUUUUGAUACAUUUGAUCCAUCUUUGGUUUCUACAGAAGAUGAAGAAGAUAGGCUUAGAGAAAGAAGACGGCUUAGUAUUGAAGAAGGAGUGGACCCCCCUCCCAAUGCACAAAUACAUACAUUUGAAGCCACUGCACAGGUUAAUCCAUUAUAUAAACUGGGACCAAAGUUAGCUCCUGGAAUGACGGAAAUAAGUGGGGAUAGUUCUGCAGUUCCACAAACUAAUUGUGACUCGGAAGAGGACACAACCACCCUGUGUUUGCAGUCACGGAGGCAGAAGCAGCGUCAGGUAUCUGGAGACAGCCAUGCCCAUGUUAGCAGACAGGGAGCUUGGAAAGUUCACACACAGAUUGAUUACAUACACUGCCUCGUGCCAGAUUUGCUUCAGAUUACGGGGAAUCCUUGUUACUGGGGAGUGAUGGACCGUUAUGAAGCAGAAGCCCUACUUGAAGGGAAACCUGAAGGCACAUUUUUGCUCAGGGACUCUGCACAAGAGGACUACCUCUUCUCUGUGAGCUUCCGCCGCUACAACAGAUCGCUGCAUGCCCGAAUUGAACAGUGGAACCACAACUUCAGUUUCGAUGCCCAUGACCCAUGUGUGUUUCACUCCUCCACUGUAACAGGACUUCUAGAACAUUAUAAAGAUCCCAGUUCAUGCAUGUUUUUUGAACCAUUGCUUACAAUAUCGCUGAACAGGACUUUUCCUUUCAGCCUGCAGUAUAUCUGCCGUGCAGUGAUCUGCAGGUGCACUACAUAUGAUGGAAUUGAUGGUCUCCCUCUCCCAUCAAUGUUACAGGAUUUCUUAAAAGAGUAUCAUUAUAAACAAAAAGUUAGGGUUCGCUGGUUAGAACGAGAACCAGUCAAGGCAAAGUAAACUCUUCUGUCCCCUAGGACAUUAACUCGGUCUGCUUUCAUGUGCAUCAGACAGUACACAUACAGGAAGCACAGUGUCAGUGCUUGGUUUUUCAUACAGUGUGUAAGCUUAGUUAUUAGUCUCCGUCAGAUGCAGUCUACUGUUAACUCACUCAGACAAAUGUGGUGCCUAUUGAAACAACAGGAUAGAGCUGCAGGUGUUCAGUAAGGCUACGAAAACAUUUGCCCGUUUAGCUAAGUUUGGUUUUUAAUGGCUAUAGUAACUAAUUAAGGCAACUCUGGGGCAUUUGCUAUGAAGAGUUCUAUUUCUUAUUAAAGAACAAAUUAAUAGUAGAUGAGUAUUUCAGCAGUUGACUAAUGUUUGAAAUUAUUUUUUCUAAGAAUUUUUUAUAACCUUCCAAAAGUAGUGAUGUUUGUAGUUACUGUAAGUCAAGCUUUGGAAGUCCAAAAUAAAUAAAUAAAUAAAAAGACUGCCUUCCUUUUUAGGGGAAAAAAAAAAUGCAAUUUUCUGGCCACAAGGGCAUAGUGCAGUUCACUUAAGUGUUGACGUAGUUUAUAGUCAGUCUCCUUUUCUCUUCUGCAGAAGGUACUGUUAAGUAAACCAGGUUUUCUAAAUAGUUCUUAAAAUUUCAGACUUAUAAAGUUAGUAGUAGAGUUUUAUUUAAAGGCCUUAGUUAUUCAUUUUUUAAAUGAGUGGCUGCUGCAGUUGUAGUCCUGUGUGUGAUUUUUUUGAGUUGACAUGUUCAGUCUAAACAUUGUUCCAUUAAAGUUGGAUCUUUUCCUGUGCCCAGGAUGAGUUUGUGAACUAUGAAGAAAAUGAGAAUAGAAGAUGCCCAAACAAGUCAGAUAAUAGUAACUACAGUGGUUGCUGGUGUUGAGAUUGUUAAACCAUAAUUAAUAAUUUGGAUGGCAGUAUUUAUCUUUGUUGUAAACUCUCACAGCUGAAUCACUUAAGUAUAAUUUAAUAGGAUUUCAGUGCAGUUAAUUCUUAAUGGGAAAAUCUGAAAUCUAAAUUGCAGAUUUAAAAGGUACUGUACAACCAUUGUAUCUGUAAAUAACUUUACUUAGCACCUUUUUGUCACUUAGAAUAGUAUGUAAUACAACUUGAGUGAGUGCUUUGGGAAGUAUUAUCAAGUCUAGUGGUUGCUUCUUAGUGUUGAACUGAAUUUUCAAUUCUGUCCUAGACAUUUUGCACUACAGUAGCCAAAUCCAUUCUCAUGUCUUUUUGUUAAUGUGCUCUGUGCUGCUGGGGAGUGCUCCUUAGUUACCUUACCAGCUGCUACAGAAGGUUAUUUUACAUCCCUAUAGCCAUUUCCAAGGCUACAAAAGAGAAAAGCUAUAUUUGUAUGCAACACUAACCCUUUGACUGCUAAUGUAUGUUUCUGCUUGCUGUGCCUUGUUAUGGCUGCUUUUUUGUGCUAAUAAAGUAUGUUUGGUGUUCUCCUUGUAUAUCUGCUGUUUCAUACAUUUGCAACAGUUUCUCUUGUAUGUGGAAUGGUUUGGGGUUUUUAAAUAAGUAUUAUCUGGCAACCUGCUAUAGUUAAUGCAGAUUUACCUAGUCUAAUAUUGACUUAUCAGAAUAAGCUAACUCUUAAUUUAAUGCUUUACAUCUUUCUAACCAUAAUCACAUAUACUGUGGAACAGUAUCUAUAGUUACUGGAAAUUACUGUACAGUUUAGGUUACAACAGAAAAUUUACAGAGAAAUGAUAAACCUAUUGACUUCUCUGCUUGUAAGUGAAAGAUUGAAACUCAAUGACUUAGUAUACUAAAUGAAUAUUUAUAGCCUCCAGCUGCAUCAGAAACAGGUUAAAUGAAGUCUUGUAGAGUAAUAAUACAUCAGCACCAUUUAUUGGUUUGGGGACCAUUUUAAUUGAUAAUAAAUACCCAAAAUGUAGAACUUUAACCAAAGACUUGUCCAUUUUUAAUGUAAAAUGGGGAUUGAAGGGACUUGUAAUUUCUGUUAUUUCUAAUAAGUCCCCGAAGAACAUAUACCAAAGUGUCUGAGAACUUCAUCCAAACCUACUUUAAAGCAUUAUGUGCAAUUAAAUUGUUAAGAAAUACUUAUAUUGCAUAAUUGUUAGGUCCAUUUUCUUGAGCUUAUAAUGUACCUGGAAAAUAAACCUCUUGAAAAAAAAAAGUCCAAACUGAUUUUUGGAGAAGGACUAUAUAUGCAAGUAAGAUGGUGUUGUGAAGAGGUAACUUGAAACUCCAAGAAAGCACUUGAUGUUUUUAUAUGCUUGUAGCAAAUUGAUGUUCUAAUUGUAGUUUUAUAGAAAGUAUUAAUACUUUUAUGUAUUUUAGAACUUUCAUAUGUUAAAUGGACAUUGUUUUAAAUGUGUAACUAUGAGUUUAUGUAAGCAUGUAUACACUGUGCAAAAAGUCACUUAUGUUUCAGUUUGUGUAUAAUAUUAAUAUGCAACUUUUGGUUUAAAUUUUUUUUCUUAAAAUAUUAGUGGCUUACAUUUUAAAAAAGAAAAAUCACCAGCAUGAAAGUGCACCUAAGUCUAUAUUCACUGUGUCUUUUUCUGAAUCCCAUUGUAGCCUGUCAACUAAAUUUUGUGUUUUUAUGGUC